AUGAAUAUCGCCAUCGACGAGUACGGACAACCGUUCGUGAUCCUGAAGGAGGAAGAGAAGAAGAGGAUCAAAGGAAUAGAGGCACACAAGAGUAACAUCCUCGCAGCCAAGGUGGUGGCAGAUAUUUUGAAAAGCUCCAUUGGUCCAAGGGGCAUGGACAAAAUUAUCGUCAGCGAAGACAAUAACGUAACGGUGACAAAUGACGGAGCCACAAUACUUGAAAAAAUCGACAUCCAGCAUGAGUGCGCAAAAUUGUUAGUUGAAUUGUCUAAGAGCCAAGACAAUGAAAUUGGAGAUGGGACGACUGGAGUGGUUAUUAUUGCAGGCAUGUUGUUGGAAGAAGCAUACACUCUAAUUGAUAAAGGAAUCCAUCCUCUACGUAUAGCUGAUGGGUUUGAAAAUGCGUGCAAUAUUGCAUUGAAGGCAAUUGAAGAAAUAGCCAUAACAGUAGAUAUCGAGCAAAAUAAUAAUGAAAUGUUAAAAAAAUUGGCCAGCACUUCAUUAAGUUCAAAAAUUGUGUCUAGUAAAAAGGACCUCCUAUCCAAUAUCGUUGUGGAUGCUGUUCUCUCGGUUGCAGAUAUGGAGAGGAAAGACGUGAGAUUUGACUUAAUCAAAAUUGAAGGAAAAACAGGAGGACUAUUAGAAGAGUCAACCCUAAUUAAAGGAAUAGUCUUGAACAAGGAAUUAUCCCAUUCACAAAUGAUUAAAGAAGUGAAAAAUGCAAAAAUUGCCAUCCUAACAUGUCCAUUCGAACCACCCAAACCAAAAAUAAAACAUAAGGUCAAUAUAACAAAUGUAGAUGCGUUUAGAGAUCUGCAAAAUAUUGAAAAGAAAUAUUUUUACGACAUGAUUGAUUCGUUGAAAAAGGCAGGAGCGAAUUUUGUGAUCUGUCAGUGGGGUUUCGAUGAUGAAGCAAAUUAUCUUUUGUUGAAGGAAAAUAUCCCAGCCAUCAGAUGGGUGGGAGGUGUAGAAAUGGAACUCAUAGCUAUCGCCACAGGAGGAAAAAUCAUCCCCAGAUUUGAAGACAUACAUGAAUCUAAAUUAGGCAAGGCUGAUUUAAUAAGAGAAAUUAGUCAUGGUACUGUCAACAACCCUAUGGUUUUUAUUGAAGGAUGCUCAAACACUAAAGCAAUUACUAUCCUUUUAAGAGGCGGAAACCAAAUGAUGAUUGAAGAAUGUGAAAGAAGUGUACAUGAUGCCUUGUGUUCGGUUCGAAAUUUGAUAAGGGAUAAUCGAAUUCUUCCUGGAGGAGGAGCUAGCGAAAUUUACGCUGCCCUUGCUAUUGAAAAUGUAGCCGAUAAAUGUAAAGGCAUAGAACAAUAUGCCAUCCGUGCCUUUGGAAAUGCUCUGCUUUCUAUUCCAAUCAACCUCUGCAAUAAUAUGGGACUCAACAGCAUCGAUAUUAUCUCUGAAAUUAAAACGAAGAUCAUUCAGGACAAAACAAAAAACCUGGGCAUUGACAGCAUCAACUAUAAGGUGGAUAAUAUGAUCGAGAAGGGAAUUUUCGAAACCUUCAACUCCAAGUACAACCAGUUCUCCCUCGCCACGCAGGUCGUCAAAAUGAUACUCAAAAUUGACGAUGUCAUCGCCCCCAACGACUUCAACUAG